UUCCUCUCCUCCUCCUCCUUCUUCCGCUUCCUUCGUCGACGCCGAGUCCCGAGCCGGAGCACAGGGUCAGCAGACCGCGGGAGUCGCAUCACUUGCGUCGGACGUCUCCGCUCUCCGCGAGCAAAGAAUAUCCUCGACCCAGAUUGUGUUAUCGCACGGUGUAGAGAUGUUGGUGUCCGGACAGGAGUCUGGAGAUGGUGCGAGCCCUGUGUGUGCCAGCAAUAGUCAGCUCUUGCAUGACAUUGAGGCAAUAAGCAAAGCUUUGUAUUUGCAUGAAGCCACUCAAAAGUCUUUAAUUUCCCCAUCGACUCAAUAUUCUGGAAAAGUUGGGUCCGUCGAACAUAGAUUGGUUCCAAUAUCAGGAAAUCAGGAUGAAAAGGGACUGAGCAAGUUCAACAAAUCAUCGUCCGUGUGGAAUUGGAAGAAACCCUUAAAAGCUCUGUCCCAUCUUCGGGGCAGAAAGUUCGGAUGCCUUUUCUUCCUUCACGUGCACUCUAUUGAGGGUUUACCUGUAAAUUUUGAUGGUGUUGGUUUGUGCGUAGAAUUUAAAAGGAAGGAUGAGGUGUUAAGAUCCCGACCAUCAAGGGUUCUAAAAGGAACUGCUGAUUUUGAUGACACUUUGAUGCAUAGAUGUAUUGUGUAUUGCCAUAAAAGGGGGCCUCUUAAUACGUGCAAGUAUGAGCCUAAGCUGUUCUCAGUCCAUAUUUCUGUAAUUGGUGCUCUGGGAGUUGAUGUUGGUGAGCACUGGGUUGAUCUGACCAGGCUGCUGCCUCUGACUUUGGAAGAGUUGGAUGGAGACAAAAGUUCGGGGAAGUGGACAACAAGUUUCAAACUUGCUGGCAAGGCUAAAAGUGCAACUUUGAAUGUCAGUUUUGGUUUUUCACUGGUAAGUGGAUCUAAUCUUGAGUCUAAUGGUAAUGUGACUGUUUCUGAGCUCAUAAACUUGGCAUAUAGCAGGCCAAACACAAAGCAACAUGAUAGAGGAUUUCCUCAGAAUUGUUCAACUGAAAAGCUUCGGCGGAGUGGGAGCGUUCCGAACAAUUUAAACCAUCCUUCUCUCCAAUUUGCACAGCCUCUUGAUGUUAAGAUGGGACAUGAAUCCUUUGUUGAACCUGCUGUAGAAUUCUCCAAAUCGAUCCAUUAUCUCUAUGAGAAACUUGAUCAAGAUAUUUCUAGUGAUAAAUCAGGGUCGGAUUUAUCAUCUGAGGAUUUGAAGUCAUCGAGAGCAAAAUCCGAUCUUUGUCCUUUGCCUGUUAGAGAACCUGUAGAUGAUGAAGGAGAUGACAUGGACUUUGUUGUGAUAGACCAGGGAAUUGAAGUACCUCAAAUUAAACAGUUGAAUCCGGUUCAAGUUAGCAUUCAUACUCAAGAUUCUGCAACUGAAACAGCAAAUGAGGAUGACACCCUCGCAGGCAAUGACUUGCUCCGUUGGGACGAGAUGAAGUGUGAUUCAGUGGACCACUUAACUGGUAGUACAACAGAUGGGCUUGUAGUUGGUGACCAUAAAAUCGGAGAGCAAAGUGUACAUGCACCGCAGUCAAUUCUGGAAGUGGAGUCAACUUUUCUUAACGCGUUGAUUCUUGACUCAGCUGACUUGGGUUCUUUGCCUGCUUCGUGUCAGAGUAAGCAUAAGGAAAACUAUAUGGAGCUUAAAUAUAGUUAUAAAGCAAACAAAAAAGGAACCAAAUCACUAAGUUUUGAUGAUAUUAGUGAAUUUGUGACUUGUGAUUUCCUGCACAUGCUGGAAAGUGAGCAGAGUCUCUCUGGCUCAAAUUUUGAUGUUGAACCGGAGUCUCCCAGAGAACAACUCCUAAGAGAAUUUGAAAGAGAAGCUUUCCUUUCUGGCAAUUUUAUACUAGUGAAUGCAACAGAGGAGCGGGCGAGAUUUGGUUGUGGGGCUUCAGUUGGAUCUUCUUCUGAAGAUAACUCUGAAGAGUCUAUUCUCACUUCAGUUCUUCAAGAUGCUGAAGAGGAAUAUGAGCAGUCAAGUCAGUCAUUGAAGCACAGAAGAAAGGUCAAAAUGCUUGAAGAUCUAGAGACGGAAGUUUUAAUGCGUGAGUGGGGGUUGGAUGAGAAAGCCUUUCAGAAUUCUCCUCGAUGUCCCUCUGGUGGAUUUGGCAGUCCAAUUGAACUACCUCCACAGGAACCAGUUGAGUCACCUUUGCUUGGAGAAGGUUUUGGUCCAUCCAUUCAGACUGGAGGAGGAGGUUUCUUGAGGACUAUGAUUCCCUCGCUCUUCAGGAAUGCUAAAAAUGGCAUGAACGUAAUACUGCAAGUUUCUGGACCAGUUGUGCUACCUGCAAGAAUGGGUUCUAGUAACAUGAAGGUACUCCAGCACCUUGCAUCGAUUGAAAUCGAAAAGCUUUUUAUGCAGAUCGAUAAAGCCAUGCCUUUAAAGGACAUUACUGGCAGGACUUUGCAACAAGUAGCCUGUGAAGCUGCUCCCAAAACCAUUUGCAGGCAGGUUCUUUUGCAGCACGAAACAGCAUCGAGCCAAAAUUUCAAGGAACAAGAGUGUAGUGUGAGCUGUAAUAACUCUGUCUCAGACUUGGUGUCUCUAGAGGAUGUUGUGCUCUUGGCCAUGGAUAAAAUUGAAGCCCUAACAAUUGAAGGUUUGAGAACUCAAUGUGGGAUGACAGAUGAGGAGGCACCUGCCAGUAUUUUUCCACACUUUGAAACACAUGCUUCUCAAAGGAAGUAUGCAAAUUUUCAUGAGCUUAUGAGCUUGGAAGAUGAUGAAUUUCACCUUAACGAUGUUCAUAAUAGUGACAGUGAUGCUUGUGGAUUGAUGGAUUUCUCUGUAACUUUGGAUGACUGGUUGAGGCUUGAUGCUGGAGUUAGUAAUGGAAACCAGGAUGAAACUGGUGAGGGCACUAGGAAGAUCCUAGUGGGCCAUCAUGCAAAGUGUGAGGACAGCUCCAGAGAGAAGCUGAUUGAAGAUAUAAAUCCCAGCGAAGCAUCUGGUAUGAGGAGCGGCCUUUUACAGAACAACCUUACUGUAGCCUUCAGGGUGCAGCUGAGGGACCCUCUUAGAAACUUUGAAGCUGUUGGUGAUCCAAUGCUUGCUCUGGUUCAUGUAGAGAGAAGAUAUGUUCACCAAGUUGUUUCAGAGAGGAGAAACGAGGAAGAAGAUGACGGUAUGCCCACAAGAGAUGGAAUAGCCGUUUCUUCAUUUAGAAUCAUUGAACUCCAUCUGGCAGGCGUAGAUGCGGAACCGGGCAAGAAGCAUUCAUGGGGAACUACAAGACAACGACAAUUGGGCACCCGGUGGUUAUUUGCAAGUGGUUUGGGUAAGGUUGCUAAACAACCACUCGCGAAAUCAAAAGCUGUGGUGAAAUCAUCGCUAGGAGGGAAGGCGAAGGGGCCACGUGCAGAUAUCUUGUGGAGCAUCUCUCCUUUUCCUUAUGGCAUUGAAAGCAAUUCUAAGAAGUCUGGAUGGCUAACUGCGCACGUACGAAAUCCUGAUGUCAUCUUUCUAAAUGAAAGCUCACGGUCAGCAUCUUGUGUUUGAGCAAAUUUUAAUCUAAUCGAGGUUUCCACUUAAUUCAUGCACUGGUGUGUCCAUCCUCUGUGAAGAAGUGGAUCAUGUCAUUUUGUAUGUAUCUCCAGAGAGACUUGGUCUCAGAAAACCCGAAAAGCUGGUUUAGCUUAGUUAACAUGAGCACGCAUGGUGAACAUUGACAGAUCUAUUGGUCCUGGCAGUGGCACUAUUUUCGCAGAUCGUCUGUCAUUUGGCUCAUUGUCUCCCUUGAGCUUGAGAGCACCACUCGACCAGGUGUGUUAAAUUAUAAAUAUCUGUAAGGUACCUUACAAUUGCUUCUGCAAGAAUUCUUUGUCACACUGCAACGACUAGAGUUGCAUAAAGUACCAAGA